GGACGACGUGAAGAAGCAUUGUCGUGAUGACGCGGCCUGAAGAAAGGGAGUGUCGGAAAGGGCAGGAGAUUCUUAAAGAGACAGAGGCUCAUUUUAAUACGUCAGUUACGGCUAUUAUCUGAAAUCAGAAGACUUUUAAGCUAUGCCUGACAUAUGUCAUUACAAGUGAAGGGAGGUGACCCAAGAAGAAAUGUCAUCCGCAGGGGAGUGAAGGGGGAGCCAUGAACGCUGUGAAAUGCUCAGAGGUCUGCAACGAGGCUCCACGGGACAGACGGCAUCCCGGUCUCCCACAGAGGGCCACACAUGCUGGACGGCAGACAGACAGGCCAAGCCACAGACCCAGGAAACAGGCAAGCGAAGGCAAAAAUGUGCUACAGUUAAGACUUCAGCAGAGGAGGACACGAGAGCAGCUGGCAGACCAGGGCAUCAUGCCUCUGAAUCAUGGCAAGUUCCCCAAGCAGGAGGACUCGUAUGCCUUUGAGGAGGACAGCAGCAGCGAGAGUCUGUCUCCGGAGCAGAACCACAGCGACGAGUCACAGGGCUCAGCCUGCCCUUCAUCUGACGCUGUCGGCAGCACGGCCUCCUCCUCUUCCUCACCUGCCCUCACCAGCCCACGACAGGGUAGUGCAACCAGAGGCCCACCUGACCAAAGCCAGGAAGAAGGCCUGUCUUCCCCUAACACCAACCAGGUAGCUCCACCAAUACCGGUUCCUGCAAUAGUCAAGUCCAAGACGUCGGACAAGAACCGACACAAGAAGCCCAAAGAUGUGAAGCCAAAAGUAAAGAAACUCAAGUACCACCAGUACAUUCCUCCAGACCAAAAGGUGGAGAAGUCUCCUCCGCCCAUGGACUCGGCCUACGCCAGACUCCUGCAGCAGCAGCAGUUGUUCCUGCAGCUUCAGAUCCUCAGCCAGCAGAAACAUACUCACACACAUUCACAGAUACAGCAGCCACAACAGCAGCAUAUACACUCCAUGCAGGCCCAUACCCAGCAGAGACAGCCCACCUUCAGCUACCAGCCUCAGCUGCCAGCCAGCACCCAGAAGAGCAACAGUGAGCAGGUACCAUCUUGCGCCUCUCGUGUUCCUGCCAGCAACUUGAACAGCAGCUCCUCUUCUCCCGUCAAGAACACGUUUCCCAAUCAAAACAAUGUUUCACCUGUCAAAGUUGGUCCACUACCUGCUAAUCUGGAUGACCUUAAAGUUUCCGAGCUCAGGCAACACUUGCGCAUUCGCGGCAUGCCUGUUUCAGGGACCAAACAGGCCCUCAUCGAACGACUCCGGCCCUUUAAGGACUCCAACACGGACUCCUCACCGUCAGGGUCCUCCGACAUCACAACUUUAACUUUUCCGGUCACGCCCACUGGUUCUCUGUCUUCCUACCAGUCCCCAUCUUCCUCCAGCAAUCUGUCGCAGGGAGGAUACUUUCCCUUCCCAAGUACCUCUUCCACGCCGCCCAUCUCUCCGGCCUCCUCUGAUCUGUCUCUCAGCGGCUCCCUCCCGGACAGCUUCAGCGAUGUGCCAAUGUCCUCCCCAAAACAGUUCAACCUGCAGGCAUCCCCAACCCAAACUGCCAUAGAGGAGGGCCUGGGUGUAGGAGGAGGAGGUGCCAGGGCGUGUGGAGGGAACCAGAGAGUAGGAGAGGACGAAGGGAAUGAUGGAGGUCUGGAAGCCGAAAAAGAUAAGAUGCUGGUGGAGAAGCAGAGGGUCAUCGAGGAGCUGACGUGGAAAUUGCACCAGGAGCAAAGACAGGUUGAAGAACUGAAAAUGCAACUUCACAAGAGGAAACGCUGCUAUGGAGCAACUGAGGACGCCAACCCUCCAUUGUGUCACACCUCAAUGCUCCACCAGCAGCAGGCCACACCUAUGAUGGGCCAGCAUUUUCUGGGGGUGGCAAUCAAGCAAGAACCUUUGUCCUUGUCCUCUAGUUGUCCCCUGUCUUCCUCCAAGCAGCUCAAGAGCCCUCCUGGCAGCUGCUUGGACAACAUGGGGUGCUGCAACAACCCCAUACCAAAUCUGGGCGGUGGUCCUGGUGGGCCACAAUGCAUGGACACAGACCCUUCCUCUGCCAGCCCCUCCACCGUGUCAGCCUUUCUGAGCCCCCAGUGUUCUCCACAAGAUUCUCCUGUCGGAAAACCCACCAGCAGCUCCCAGCCUCCGUCGCCUAACAGCCCCUACCUGCUGUCUCCUCUGCUGGGGAGAGACAGCUGUGGACACCCCCAUGGACAAGGCAGAGGUCACAACAUGCAGGUGCAGCAGAGGACUGGCAGCCAGCCAUUAAACUGCUCUUAUCCUUUGGACCAAAGAAGCCUUCAAGCUGCAUUUCCCAGCUCACCUGACUGUGGUCUUAACCACAGCGGCCCCAUCAAGGCCGAGAGUCAGAAUAUGCAACCAAAGAUGUCAGCAUUGCCAUCUUCCCGGCAUGUUGGCCAAAAGUGCCAGGUCUCCCCCCCUGCCUUCAGUAGCUCAGAUUCAGAUGCAUCUGACUUAAGACAGCCCCCAUGCUAUGAGGAUGCAGUGAAGCAGCAACUGACCAGGAGUCAGCAGAUGGAUGAACUGUUGGACGUGCUCAUAGAGAGUGGAGAGAUGCCAGCUAACGCAAGAGAAGAGAGGGAGAGGUCCUCUGUAACACAAGUUGUGCCUCACAUUACUGUGUCCCCAGGGUGUCCCGGCCUUCUCAUCCCAAGGUUCCACUGGCACUACGAGCACCUUUCCACCAACCAGAUGCCCUACGACCAUGCCGCCAAUCACGCCACCGAGAGCCACCUGCAGACUCUGCUGGGUAACCCUAUGGGUCGGGGAGGGGAGAUGGGGCUCCUUAAAAUGGCCGCUGAGGACGGACAUCAGGAAGACGAAGGGAACAGAGACGCCGAAGAGUACGGCAGCCACCACUGCCGUCCCCACCAUUCCCAGCAGGACAAACUCCAGACCAACAGGGAUCGGCUAGACACGCCUCUGUCGCCUGGUAGCAGUAAGGUGUUCGCCGUCCCUGAGGUCCAGGGGAUGGUCAGCAUGGCCUUUAGCGAGACGCCGUGGGAAACGAUGGAGUGGCUGGACCUGACGCCUCCCAGUUCUGCGACUGCUUUUGGCGGCGCUGCUCAGCCCAGCGCACCAAGUAUCUUUAACACAGAGUUCCUGGAUGUGACGGACAUUAACUUGAACUCUGCCAUGGACCUUCAACUGGAGCAUUGGUGAAAGCAAUAAUGCCAACAUUAAUACCAAAGAACUAUUGAACCUCCCCUAGAUUUCUUCAGUCUAAGUGUGAGAAGUUCCUCUUUGCUGUCGUACAGUGGAAUAUUAUUUUGUUUAGUCGACUAAAGGUUGACAGCCUAAAGAGAUGUUGAUGCUUUAUCUUGAAUCUUAACUUUACUGAACUUAUAUUCCACCAAUGUCAUCGUAACCCAAAAAAAAAACAGGUGCUUUUUGAUACAAUUUGUGUUCAUUUUGAACAUUGAUGCGCACAACUGUCGCUGCGUUGAGGACUGACAGUGGACACAUGUAGUACUUUCUGUAUGCACCAUCAGUGUUACGCCACCGAGACUUGAAGACAGAAUUUGCCAAUCACUGCAUACCUAGAGAGGGAAUAUUUGUGUUACUGGAAAAAAAGAAAGAAAAAUCACCUAAAACAGACUAACAAUAAUAUCUAGAUUUCAUAGAAGGGGCCAAUUUGUAAAUAUCAACAGUUUUGGAAAAUCUCACAUCAACAUGCUGUUGUGAAACAUGUGGGAGAGAAUACAACCCAAAAAUGAAGUGUAAAGUACAACCAUUUCAACGUUUGAUGUAAAUAUGAGACAUAUAUAUAUAUAUAUAAAUAUAAAAACUUCACAGAGCACCUCUUGCUUAACACAUAUUUGUCACAGUUUGCUUGAGCUUUGAAUAUAGGAAUGGUUGUUUUUUUUUUAUACAUAUCUACAGUUUCUGACAUAUUUAUGUACAGGAAGACAUAAAGGGCAAAACGAUGUCUGAGAAAUCUUUGGUCUUAUAAGUUUAAACCAAGAGACAAACUGUGCCUUACUUGCAAAACAUGCUUUAUGAAUAAAAUGUCCCAGUUUUAUAUUGACGACUCUACAAAAGCUAACAGGCGUUUUAAAAGCUGCAAAAAGUCAACUUCUAAAAAAAAAAAAAAUUAAUAAAAAAAAAGAUAAUUUUAUGUGUAAUUUUUGUCCUCUUAAAUUGCAACAUCUCUAUU